AUGAAGGUCGCUGUGUUGGACCUGGGGUCUCUCUUUGCCAAGAUCUUCAAGACCUCGGCGUCCCCUGCGGUCCCCAGUCACCCUGGAAGUUCUGUGGCCACAGGAUCAGUGUCCUCCACAUCGCUUAGCAGGGCAGAGACCCCUACUUUGCUCCCAUCACUGCCUCUAGACUCUACAACCUCACUGGAGCCUUCCACUCCUCUGUAUCCUGCCUUGCAUCCCAGAAGCUCAGCAGCCACCCGCAGGGUGGAAACAGCAGGGUGCCCGGGGUCUCUGCCCAACAGCCCUGGAGCAUCCAGAGAGCUGCCCCUAGUCUCCUGCAGUGGCUCUGCGGGCUCAGGCUCCUUGGCAUCAGUGGCUUUGCCCAUUCCAGGCACUGUUUGGGCAACCCUGCCCUCUGUCACCAUCCCUGUGGGCAGCAAUAACAAUGCAAUCUCUAGUCCAAGGAACACUCACCAGUCGCCAGGUCCUGGAGAGCAAGGGCCCAGUGCGUGGAUGGCCCCAGGGCCUGUCCCCAAAACACUAUUCUUCACUCUGCCUGACAUUGGGGAAGAGUGGGCCUCGGACAGCGACUCCCAGGAUGACCUAGAAGGAAGGGGGCUUUCUGAAGGACUGGGGAAGCGCAGUUCCACAAAGAGCAAAGAUCCCCUGCCUACAAAUUUUACAAGAAAUGUGCAGAAAGCCAUUGACAAGUAUGCCAGUGAGUCCCUUUCAUCCUUCUCAUCCAGUGGGAGCCACACACCCACGGAGGCCCACAAUUCAUGGCCUGGCUCUUCCACACAGAGUUCCACUACUGGAUUGUCUACAGAGAGGAGCUCAGUUUCUUCUUGGAGAGAUGAUGAAUUUGACAAAGUCAAUGCUCAGAAAGUCCAGCAGCUGUUCUGGGAGGUUGAGGAAAUGCUAUUUGAAGAGAAAGUGAGUCCCCAGACCCAGAAUCUCCUGGCCGAGUGCAGUGAGUGGGCAAGAAGAUCCCUCCAUCUCAGGUACAGAAGAAGACAGCUCAUCCCGCCAAGUGAUGAAGGUUUCCGACAUUUCCAGGGGAGCCUGCCUAGUUCUGCUACCCACAAACCCUUACCUCCUGUUCCUGGUCACAUCAGAAACAUCAGAGAGUUGUGUGUCUCUGGCUCUCAGAUAGUCCCAGAGGCACCCUCAGCCUCUACUCUGACAGACCCUGAUGGCACAGAGUUGACUGACCCCACAUCAUCCUCAUCCCUAGAAGAAGAGGUGUACCACGUGGAUGGAAACAUGGAGGAAUAUUUUGCUUUUGACAGAAAACAGGAUGGAGAUGAGCAUCUGGAACAGAACCCAACACUCCGAGGCAGAAAGUGGCAUCGACAUGGGCUUCCUCCCAUUUCCCCUCAUGACUGUAUCAGAGAUGCUGUGGCAGCAGAAGUGUUCGAUCAUGUUUGGACCAAUGUGGUAGAAAUACUGGAAGAUCUCACUAGAAGGACCUGGGAAUCUGCACUCACAGAUGAAAAAGCACAUAAAGAAAAAUUGAAAGUAACUGAACAUAGACCUCCGCACGUGCUCGUGUCUCGUGUCAGCACUGAUGUUCCCAGUGUCCCCCCAUCUCGAAGCUCUGAGACACUCCAUACAUCCUUGGCUUCCCACUUUAAUCCUCCCCAGUUUUCUCAGCUCCAUCGAUUUUCCAGCAACUUCUACAGUGACUUGAGUGGUGUAAUGACGAUUCAAGCCAAACCCCUUCAGCAGAGACCCACCUACUUUGCAGAUAAAAUACAGAAUGAGCAAGAUGACAAACUGUUCGGGGGAGGGAUCGGUGCACCCUCACGUCACCGACUUGGCCGCAUCCCAGACCCUCGAGGACCACCGACUUCUGCCAAGAAAACACCAGUGCAUAGGAGACUGCCUUCAAUUGCCUCAGACCCACAGAGACUGAAAACCCCCACCAUCUACAGUGAUGAAAUUCUGAGGGGAACCAAACUGCAAACUGGCAUUGACCACCUGCCUUCCUCAGCAAUUCCAACCUCCCGGAGUCGGUUACCCCCAAUAGGCUCUGAGGCUGGGGAACUGAACACAGCAGCUUCUGGAUCCCGCCCUGUCUCUUACAGGGGAAGGCAUCCACAAAACCGUGUGUUCAGCGCAAUCCCUGACAGCAUUGAACGGUCACCCCUUCGAGAAAGAACCAUUGUCCUGGAACAGCUUUCAAGGCCCAGCACAACACAUACAUUCCAGUCAGACACACCGAGAAAAGGGUCCCUGACGCCGAUGGAGUUUGUUGCUCACACUUGGACAGGUCAAAGUAUUUUGACAGGUUCACAGUAUCUACCUAAAUCUUAUCAGAGGGCAACUUUGACUGCAAGAAAGAGGUUCCAAGUGGCAUUGUGAUAUCACUGCUUCAUAAUUAUGGGUUUGCUGGAACAUGGGAAGCCUUGGCCACACCAUUUGUCACUUGAAAAGUGUAGGAACAAAUAUUACCUGAUAUAUAAACUCACCUCUCUCACUGACAGCAGGAGAUGGCAGGAUACCCAAGAGAAACACAAGUGAAUAAGUAACUUAGUUUUGAACACUUGGCUUUGUAAAGAGAAUAAAAACUAACCUCACUGACCCCUGUGGGAAGCAUGCCUAAAGCUCCUGGGGCUCUAGUGCUUCGUUCAAAAGAAAUUAAAUUCCCUCUUUUCAUCACGAAAACUCACAUGAGUGUUCACAUGUUGAUAACAUGGGUGCAUUCAGUAAAAGCAUGCCAUUUCAUAAUUCUAGACCAUCACAUAUAAUUUGGUCUCAUUCUCUUAAUGAUGCUAUCCAAAGUAAAGAGCAGUCAUAUUUGAGACAAUUUGCCCAUUUGAAAAAUAUUCCGGUUCUUCUGUUCAUUGUGCUGACUUUAAAAUAAUCACUGCAACGUAUAAAGUGAUAGGUUUAGUGAUGACAAGAUUUCUCACCCCACUGUAGUCAUGAAUAUCUGAGAAAUGUCUUGCAAGCCAAUUGUACUAAAAAAAAAACAAAAAAAACAAGCAAACAUGGUAUCAUUGUCAAAUUUAGACAGUGCAUUUAAAAGUACCCCACAUUUAAAGGUGAAUAUAAGCAUAAUCAAAAUCUUUUGCAUAUGGUUCCAACAUUAACAUUUCAGUUGGCAUGUUUGAUAACUGGGUGGGGGAGUUGUAGCACAAGCAUCCUUAUGUCAUUCCAACUUAUUCUUGGCUCUGAUGUCAACAGAGCGUCUCUGAGCCCUUGCUGAAAGCAGCCUGCCCUUUGCGCUUUUCCUACUCUGUAUUCUUCAGACCAUGUGUCCCACUUGGUUAUUACAGUCAGGGGAGUGGAGAACAGGGAAUAAAUGUCUUUUAGAGGCAAGGCCCGAUUCUAGUGCUCAAUCAUGGUUCAUUUCAUAUACACACAUCCCAAAUCAGAAUAAUUUCUCUCUUUUUUGGUUAUAUGCUUACACUACAUCAACAUAAAUCUCUUUAAUCUAAGAUAAACUUUACAUACAUAUACAUAUAUGCACAUACCAUUUAAACAUGUGAGAAAUUUUUUUUUAGCACAUUUCUUGCUGUAAGAAGUGGGGAUCAUUGAUUGUCUACUUAGAGAUGUUUGGGAAUUGACCCAUCUGUGGAAAAUAUCAUUGGAUCUGCUCUUUACAUAGAACUACAGAACAAUCAACCAGAAGUGACUUCAGAGCUUUGUUCUACCUGAUAGUUUCUCCUUUACUCUCUCCACUUAUUUACUACAACCCCAGGACAGGAUAGAGAACAGACACUGGUCAAGUUGCUAUAUUGACCCUUCCUUUCAGAUAGCCACUCUGAGUGUCACUCUCUCUACCUAGGGGGUGUGACAAGUGCUCAGUUUCUCACAGCAAGCUGACAAAAGCAUUUAGAGAAUUACCUGAACCAUUUCUCAUCAUAAGAUCUGGAAGCUCUUUGGAGAAAAUAUCAGUCUUAAAGCAAUUGAUCUCCACAUAGAGGGGUUUCUGGAUUGAUGAGUGGCUAGAGUCCUGCCCACCAGGUGCCUGGCUGGUUGCUCUUCAGUCCACUAUUACUGCUAAUGGAGCCAUCCACUGUGGUCUCUCACACCCACUCAGCGCACUUCAUAUCAAUUCCUAGGUGCCAUCCAACUGUUUCUCCCUCAACCCAAGGUUUAAAAAGGGAGGUAGCUAUAGGGCAUCUAAUAAGAUGGUGACCCCAAGAUAAAUUAUUAUCUUGGAGCCAUGGAAAUGAUUUAAUAGUGGUCUCACCAUGUUUGCCUUCGGAGGUUUGAAAUUGGAUAUGUACUAUUUAUAUCAGCAAAGUACUGCAGUCAAACUAGAACCUGGUACAGUUUUUAUCUUCCAGGCAUUUUGAUUGGGAAGCAAAGCACUGCUAGAGGGUAGCUAGACUCAGAGGUCUUACCAAUUCUGAAGCGACUUUCUCCUGGAACUUAUUUUCAUGUCUGUGUUAAAGAUAUUUUAUUUAUAGGUGGAAUAAGAUUAGUAAGUUAACAAAUGAUGCUUGUGUGAGGAUGAUGCUGUUCAGACUGUAAAGGGAAAAUCAGGGGAAUGCUUCUACAAUAUUUGACUUUCAUAAGUGAGCCUUAACUUAGGCUUUCUCUGGUAAAAAUUGAAAACUGGAAAUCACUUCAGAGAAAAACUUUCAAAUGCAGGUUAGUGAUAUGAAUUAACAUAUCUUUAAUGUAUCCCAAACCAAAGAAAGAGUGAAAGAAUUUUAAAAUAAUUCAAGAAAAUAUGACAUUUGGUGGAAAACAGCUAGAUUUCUAAAGAAUAUAAAAGGGAGCACAGAUCUUUAUGCUUGUGUUACUCUGACUAGAAUGGAGUUUCUUUACUAAUUGAGAGGUUCACUUUGAACGCCAUAAAUCAUUUCAGUAUAUUUUUAUUAUCAUUGUUUUCUUAUAAUGAUGGAUGAUUGUUCAGUAAUUGUAAUCAUUUAAUUUUUAAUAAAAUAUAAAAUGUUAACAGA